AUGGAGAACACUUUAGAACGAAUCCAGCAGUCGGAAUUUCACUCAUUUUUGUCGCGAAAAUGUCAAGUUCGUGAGUUUCAUGACCAAAUCAUUAAUAUCAGGUUGUUGUGUGAUGUGGUAGAAAGGAAAAAAAAAGACGGCAAAGCUUAUCAAGGAAUAGAAGAAGAAGAAUCGUCUUGUUGUCUGUUGGUUAAUUAA